GAAAGGGGUUUGGAUUUCUAGGCCUUUUAAUUUCUAGGUAAAUGGUGGGAAGGUAAGUAUAUGGGAGGAAACUUAUGGAAGACAAGGGUUGUUUGGUAAGGUCUGUUAUGCAGGCUCAAGUUAGUGCCAUCUCCAGUAAUAAGGGUCAUCUCUUCUUCCUGGCACGGGAGAGGGAGUUGGGGACACCUUCACUAAGGGAAAUUUAUUUUCUUUACAAAGGAAAUUUUGUUACCUUUACAAAGGGAAAUUUAUGGCCUGCUUUUAGGCCAUAAAAGGAGAGGAGGAAGUUCCUCCUGUGUCUGCUUUUUUCAAUUGCCAACUUAAAAUAAUUCUUAUGCCAAAGUGGCAUAUUUGGGGGUGGUGUAUUGUGAUCCCCUUCAGUUCCCACAACACUGUUUUAAAAGUGUCCAAAUAUUUAUUGAAUCCUAUUAUAUGCUCAGCAUUAUAGGAUCCUUGAGCUGGACCCUUGCCCUCAAGGAGCUUACAGAAGGAGAGGAAGACUGAAGAAAGUUUUCUCUCGGAGUUCUGACCAGCUCCCAGCUUCCUACUUUUGCAUGAAGUUAUGGCGGGAUGCGAGAGCAGGCGCCAGGGGUGCAAUAGCUCGGUUGUGAGGCUUGCGGAAUUUAGGGGCGGUAGGAGGAGUCGUGGGGCGGGAUCUAGAGGACCCGGACCUGUUGUCGAAGAUGUUGGCGGAGCGCCCGGAGGGGACGGGCCGCACAUCAGGGCGUACGUGCGGGAUUUCCCUUUCCAGCUACUCCGCUGGCCUUUCUCACUCUAGGGGCGCGUCGGUGGGCGUGGUCAUAUUCUGGGGCGUGGCCAGCGGGGCUUUAGAAUCUUGAUUGUUUGGGGCGGGGCCGGGCGAAAGGGUGGGGGCCGCUCUCCCUCGGGGCGUGGCCUGUGGAACCUCAGAACCAGGGUGACUCGGGGCCAGGGCUCGCGUCUCCCGGCACGGGGUUCCUCCCACUCACCUUCUCGUUCAAAAGAUGCCGAAGGGGCGGCGCGGCAGCCAGAGCCCCACGAGGAGCCAGCGGCCGGCCCCGCCCCUCUACUUCCCGUCCCUCUAUGACCGCGGCAUCUCCUCGUCCCCGCUCAGCGACUUCAACAUCUGGAAGAAGCUCUUCGUGCCGCUGAAGGCGGGAGGGGCGCCGGCGGGCGGGGCGACUGGGAGCCAGCCUCUGCCCCAGGCGCUCCCUGCCCCAGCGCCCCUGCCGCCACCGCCGCCUGGCCUGGGUUCCCCCAGUGAGCGCCCCUGUCCCCCGCCCUGGCCCUCCGGCCUGGCCUCCAUCCCCUACGAGCCUCUGCGCUUCUUCUACUCGCCACAGCCGGGGCCCGAGGUGGCUGUCUCGCCCCUGGCCCCCGGCCCCACGACCCCCCGGCUAGCCUCUGCCUCCCAUCCCGAGGAGUUGUGCGAGCUGGAGAUCCGGAUUAAGGAGCUGGAGCUGCUCACCAUCACUGGGGACGGCUUCGACUCCCAGCGCUAUAAAUUCUUGAAAGCGCUGAAAGAUGAAAAGUUACAAGGCCUGAAGAUGAGGCAGCCUGGAAAGAAGUCGGCCUCUCUCUCCUGAGGAGCUGCCCACCAGAGCCUAAGCAGCGGCCUCCUUAGGUGUUAGUGCUUAGAUAAUGUGCCCCGUUUGUUGUCAUUUCAAAGAUCGUUAUUUUUUGUUCUGUAUUUACUGCUGUUCUUGUUGAUCCCAGCACAUACUCUACAUACAGUGCCCACUUGAGUGGUAAA